AUGAAGAAACAAUAUUUUUACGGAACAGUUGAUUAUAGUUCUUUGGUAAAGGCCCGCAACACUCUGGACCGGAUUCUCCAAACUUCUCAGAAUGAAGCUGAGAAAAUGGGGGUAAUAAUGAAAAAAGUCCUGGAAUUUAGAGGAGUGGAAGUGGGUGCAGCUCGGGACGUUUUUCGUGAAGCGGCUCGUUUAAAGAAUGUUACAGUUCAUGCUUAUCAACCGGAGAUUUUAGAUGACUUAUUUGCCAAUACUGCCAAAGAAUUUUUAAAAAAUUUAGAUUAUUUGUUAAACCAGAUAGAAAAAGAAGCCCCUAAAUAUGCUACAAAUAGAAACUAA